CCCCGUCACGGCCACCGUGGCACCUUUCCAGUACCGGCUGCAGGAGGACGCUGAGCCAGCGGCGCCGCUGCGUGACGAGCGGGUCAGUCCUGCGGAGGGGCCUGAGCCCGGAGGCCGGACAACCGCAACAGCAGCAGCAACAGCAGCCGCCGCCGCCGCCACCAGCGGGUUAAAUGAUUCCAGCGCGGGGAUGCUGGGGAGCAACCUCAAGAGCCUUCCCGACGUGGAGCUGGGCGAGGAGGGCGCGGCGGAGCUGCGCGGCUACCGGCGGGGGCCCGACGGCGGCGCGGUGAUGCCGAAGCGGGCCAAGGCGGCGGCGGCGGGGCCGCGGGGCGCCGAGCUGCGCGUCUUCAAGGCGGGCAGCGCCGAGGGCCGCCUGCCGGGGGGCUCCAACCUGCGCAAGCAGAAGUCGCUCACCAACCUCGCCUUCCUCACGGACGCCGAGAAGAAGCGGCAGCUCUACGAGCCCCGUUGGAGCGACGACAUGGCCAAGCCGGCGACAACGACAACGGCGGCGGCGGGGGGCCGCGGCGGCCCCCGCGCCCGCGAGGCGCCCGCCAUGUCGCGCAGCCUGUCCCGCUCCGAGCACUCGCUGCUGCCGCCGCGCCCCGCCGCCGCCGCCGCCGCCAAGGCGCCGCCCGCCGCCGCCGCCGCCGCCGCCGGCAAGCCCAGCCGCAUCCCCCGCGGGCCCUACGCCGAGGUGAAGCCGCUCAGCAAGGCCCCCGAGGCGGGCGGCAGCGGCGGCGACGGCAAGUGCGAUGACGAGCUGCUGUGCGGGAAGGGCAAGGCGGCGGCGCCGGGCGCCGAGGAGAAGCCCUACCUCAAGGUGGACCCCGAGCUGGUGGUGACGGUGCUGGGCGACCUGGAGCAGCUCCUCUUCAGCCAGAUGCUGGACCCCGAGUCCCAGAGGAAGAGAACAGUUCAGAAUGUGCUGGACCUUCGGCAGAACCUGGAGGAGACCAUGUCCAGCCUGAGGGGCUCCCAGGUAUCUCACAGCUCCCUGGAGAUGACCUGCUACGACAGCGAUGAAGCCAACCCCCGGAGCGUGUCCAGCCUGUCAAACCGCUCAUCCCCGCUGUCCUGGCGUUACGGGCAAUCCAGCCCACGCCUGCAGGCCGGGGACGCGCCGUCAGUUGGGGGAAGCUGCCGCUCCGAGGGCACCCCCAGCUGGUACAUGCACGGCGAGCGGGCGCACUACUCGCACACCAUGCCCAUGCGCAGCCCCAGCAAGCUGAGCCACAUCUCCCGGCUGGAGCUGGUCGAGUCGCUGGACACCGAUGACGUGGAGCUCAAGUCAGGCUACAUGAGCGACAGCGACUUGAUGGGGAAGACCCUGACGGAGGAUGAUGACAUCACCACGGGCUGGGAUGAGAGCAGCUCCAUCAGCAGUGGCCUCAGUGAUGCCUCCGACAACCUCAGCUCUGAGGAGUUCAACGCCAGCUCCUCGCUCAACUCCCUGCCCUCCACCCCCACGGCGUCACGGAGGAACUCGGCCAUAGCGCUGCGCACGGACUCGGAGAAGCGCUCGCUGGCGGAGAGCGGGCUGAGCUGGUACGGUGAGGCAGAGGACAAGGCCGCCAAGAAGCUGGAUUACGACAGCAGCAGCCUCAAGAUGGAGCACGGCUCCUCCAAGUGGCGGCGGGAGCCCUCGGAGAGCUGCGAGGAAGCACUGAAGGGCGGUGAGCUGAAGAAGCCUGUUAGCCUGGGCACCCCAGGGUCCCUCAAGAAGGGCAAGACCCCUCCGGUAGCGGUGACCUCCCCCAUCACCCACACGGCCCAGAGCACCCUCAAAGUGGCAGGCAAGCCUGAGACCAAAGCCACUGACAAGAGCAAGCUGUCCGUUAAGAACACGGGCCUGCAGCGUUCCUCUUCCGAUGCCGGCCGCGAUCGUAUUGCUGACGCCAAGAAGCCACCCUCGGGCCUCACGCGCCCCUCUGCCUCCAGCUCCUUCGGCUAUAAGAAACCGGCUCCCACCACCGGCACUGCCACCGUCAUGCAAGCCGGGGGCUCAGCCACCUUGGGCAAGAUCCAGAAGAGCUCCGGCAUCCCCGUCAAGCCAGUCAGUGGGAGAAAAACGAGCCUGGAUGUCUCCAAUGCGGCUGAGCCUGGCUUCUUGGCCCCAGGGGCCCGAUCCAACAUCCAGUAUCGGAGCCUGCCCCGGCCAGCCAAGUCGAGCUCCAUGAGCGUUACGGGUGGCCGCAGUGCGAACCGUCCUGUCAGCAGCAGCAUCGAUCCCAGCCUGCUAAGCACCAAGCAGGGCAGCAUCUCAGUGUCGCGGCUCAAGGAGCCAUCUAAGGUCGGUGCGGGCCGUGGCACGCCGGCCCCCGUGAACCAGACUGACCGUGAGAAGGAGAAGGCCAAGGCCAAGGCUGUGGCACUUGACUCUGAGUGUGUGAACCUGAAGAGCAUCGGCUCGCCCGAGAGCACCCCGAAGGCCCAGGCCAACCUCCCGCCGGCGGCCAAGGUGGCUGAGCUGCCCCCCACACCACUCAGAGCGGCUGCCAAGACCUAUGUGAAGCCUCCCUCGCUGGCCAACUUGGACAAGGUCAACUCGAACAGCCUGGACUUGCCCUCCUCCAGCGAGCUGCACCCCCCGCACGCUGCCAAGCUCCAGGACCUGCACCCAGCUGGUGGGCACCUCACGCCUUGCUUCAGUCCCAGUCCUGCCCCCAUCCUCAACAUCAACUCGGCCAGCUUCUCCCAGGGCCUGGAGCUCAUGGGCGGCUUCAGCGUUCCCAAGGAGGGCAGGAUGUACCCCAAGCUCUCAGGCCUGCACCGCAGCAUGGAGUCCCUGCAGAUGCCCAUGAGCCUGCCCAGUGCCUUUUCGGGAGGCAGCACCCCUGCCCCUGCCCCUGCUGCUGUCCCCCCUGCCAGCACAGAGGAAGAGGAAGAGGCCAGUGAGCUGGGCUGGAGCGGGAGCCCCCGGCUUGCACAUCUGGACAGCACCAACCGCGACAGGAAUACACUGCCCAAGAAAGGGCUGAGGUACCAGCUCCACUCCCAGGAGGAGGCCAAGGAGCGGCGCCAUUCCCACACCAUCGGCGGGCUCCCCGAAUCGGACGACCAGCCGGAGCUGCCCUCGCCCCCUGCCCUCUCCAUGGCGCUAGUCGGGAAGGGUCCGCUCACCAGCAUCGUGAGCCCCACUGCCGCCACCACCCCGCGGAUCACCCGCUCCAACAGCAUCCCCACCCACGACUCCACCUUUGAGCUGUACAGCACAUCCCAGAUGGGCAGCACCCUCUCCCUGGCAGACAAGCCCAAGGGCAUGAUCCGCUCGGGCUCCUUCCGGGACCCUGUGGAUGACGUUCAUGGAUCGGUGCUGUCCCUGGCGUCGAGCGCUUCUUCCACCUACUCCUCCGCUGAGGAGAAGAUGCAGUCCGAGCAAAUCCGCAAGCUUCGCCGUGAGCUGGAGUCCUCGCAGGAGAAGGUGGCCACCCUGACAUCCCAGCUGUCGGCCAACGCCAACCUGGUGGCAGCUUUUGAGCAGAGCCUGGUGAGCAUGACAUCCCGCCUGCGGCACCUGGCUGAGACUGCUGAGGAGAAGGACACGGAGCUGCUGGACCUGCGGGAGACCAUUGACUUCCUGAAGAAGAAGAAUUCGGAGGCCCAAGCUGUGAUCCAAGGGGCCCUGAAUGGCACCGACGUCACACCCAAAGAGUUGCGCAUCAAGAGGCAAAACUCCUCUGACAGCAUCUCCAGCCUCAACAGCAUCACCAGCCACUCCAGUAUUGGCAGCAGCAAGGACGCUGAUGCCAAGAAGAAGAAGAAAAAGAGCUGGCUGCGAAGCUCCUUCAACAAGGCCUUCAGCAUCAAGAAGGGGCCCAAAUCAGCCUCAUCCUACUCGGACAUCGAGGAGAUCGCCACGCCGGACUCAUCGGCCCCAUCCUCCCCUAAGCUGCAACACGGCUCCACGGAAACUGCCUCACCCUCCAUCAAAUCCUCCACAUCCUCCUCCGUGGGCAUCGACACGGCUGAGCUCUUCCAGGCCCAUAGCGAGGGGGAGCCGGAGAAGAAAGAAGUGUCGGAGCUGCGGUCAGAGCUAUGGGAGAAGGAGAUGAAGCUGACGGACAUCCGCUUGGAGGCCCUGAACUCUGCCCAUCAGCUUGAGCAGCUGCGGGAGACCAUGCACAACAUGCAGCUGGAGGUGGAUCUCCUGAAGGCUGAAAAUGACCGACUCAAAGUGGCUCCAGGGCCCUCGUCAGUGCCAGGCUCCAUACCUGGACAUGUCAUGAGCACAUCAGCCUCCUCUUCGCCGCGGCGCUCACUGGGUCUUGCCCUCGGCCAUGCUUUCAGCCCUAGCCUGGCGGAUGCAGAUGUGUCCCCUAUGGACGCCGUCAGUGCUGGCACUCAGAAGGAUGAGCUAACACUGAGGAUCGUGGUGCGCAUGCCACCCCAGCAUAUCAUCAAGGGGGACCUCAAACAGCAGGAGUUUUUCCUGGGCUGGACCAAGGUGAGCGGGAAGAUUGACUGGAAGAUGCUGGAUGAGGCUGUCUGCCAAGUCUUCAAGGAUUAUAUCACCAAAAUGGAUCCUGCUUCCACCCUGGGACUCAGCACUGAGUCCGUCUAUGGCUACAGCAUCAGCCACAUCAAGCGGGUCCUGGACACGGAACCGCCGGAGCUGCCACUCUGCCGCCGGGGCAUGACCAGCAUUGCCGUGACACUCAAAGGCUUGAAGGAGAAAUGUGUGGACAGCUUAGUCUUUGAGACGCUCAUCCCCAAGCCCAUGAUGCAGCAUUAUAUCAGCCUCCUGCUGAAGCACCGGCGGCUCAUCCUCUCGGGACCCAGUGGCACCGGCAAGACCUACCUGACCAACCGCCUGGCUGAGUAUCUUGUGGAGCGCUCAGGCCGGGACGUCACCGAGGGCAUUGUCAGCACCUUCAACAUGCACCAGCAGUCCUGCAAGGUGAAGGACCUGCAGCUGUACCUCUCCAACCUGGCUAACCAGAUCGACCGGGAAACGGGCACAGCGGAUGUGCCACUAGUGAUCCUCCUGGACGACCUCAGCGAGGCAGGCUCCAUCAGCGAGCUUGUGAACGGUGCGCUCACCUGCAAGUACCACAAAUGCCCCUACAUCAUUGGCACCACCAACCAGCCCGUGAAGAUGACUCCGAACCAUGGCCUCCACCUCAGCUUCAGGAUGCUGACCUUCUCAAACAAUGUGGAGCCAGCCAACGGCUUCCUUGUGCGCUACCUGCGGCGGAAGCUGCUCGAGUCGGACACAGACGUCAACGCCAACAAGGAGGAGCUGCUGCGUGUGCUGGACUGGGUGCCCAAGCUCUGGUACCACUUGCAUACCUUCCUGGAGAAACACAGCACUUCAGACUUCCUCAUCGGUCCCUGCUUCUUCUUGUCCUGCCCCAUUGGAAUUGAGGAUUUCCGGACCUGGUUCAUCGACCUGUGGAAUAACUCAAUCAUCCCCUACCUACAGGAGGGGGCAAAAGAUGGUCUUAAGGUCCACGGACAGAAGGCGGCCUGGGAGGACCCCGUAGAGUGGGUGCGGGACACCCUGCCCUGGCCGUCAGCGCAGCAGGACCAGUCCAAGCUCUACCACCUGCCCCCACCCACCAUCGGGCCCCACAGCACAGUUUCCCCCGCUGAGGAGCGCACUGUCAAAGACACGACACCCAGCUCCCUGGAUGCGGACCCUCUGAUGGCCAUGCUGCUGAAGCUCCAGGAGGCCGCCAACUACAUCGAGUCUCCGGACCGAGAGACCAUGGUGGAUCCCGACCUGCAGUCGACUCUCUGAGGCCCAGAUGUGCUGGCCCAGGCAGAGGGGGAGCCAGACGCCAGCCGUCGCUCCUGCUGGGCUGCUCUUCUUUCCCUUUGGUAUCCUGGAGCGCGGGGCUGGCGAGUGAGCAGAGAGGACUGGGGCUCCGGCGCGUCCUGGUAGAGCGUGGGGAAGCUCGGCUCAUCCGUGGGCGAGCGUGAGGUGCCGUCUCCCCUCCCGACUCUGGGGGUAGGAGAAUCCUGGUUUCUCUUCUUUUUUUUUUUCUUUUUUUUUUUUUCUUUUAUUUUUUUCUUGUCUCUCUUGCAAACUCUGGGGCUUUGGGGCAGGGGUGACCGCUGUGGCCGGGCACCCACUGCAGGCAGUCGUGGGAAGGCCCCUGCGUGGGGCAGGGACCCCACGGGAGCUGCCUGGGUCGAAGCUGGGGGCACGGGAGGAGCGUGCGGCCGCCAGAUGAGAGCGGAGGGCGCUUUGCGUUUGCACAUCCAGCUCCGCGGCCCUCUCCUUCCAGCCCCCCGCGUUGGCGGAGGGCGAGCGAUGGAGGAGCUGCUGCUGCUGCGGGAAGCGCUGGCCGCGCUCCGGCGGAGACUGAGCGGGCGACAGGCGAGCGCGAGGAGGAGCACGGCUCUCACUGCUAUUUCUGUACGUUCCCUGUUUACUCUGCAUGGCAGUCGCUGCAACCAGGACAGCCCAAUAAACCCUGCUUUGGUUAUUUUAUUUUAUUUCUCCCUACUCCCAUUUUCCGUUGGCCGAGUCCAGACUUUGCUUUGGUCCCUUUUCUUUUUUUCUUUUUCCUUUGUUCUGGUUCUUUUGCUCUCUCCUGGCCUGGAGCCUGCGGCCUGGUGCCCGUCGCUUCCCCUCGAGCGGCUCCCUUUGCUUUUUGGUUUCUUUUGCAGCCAUCGGUCCCACCACUCAAACCACCUCUGUCACAAAACUGGUGCUCACUGGACGAUCUCCAGUCCCUGAAUCCACCUCCCGGGGCUUCGUAGCUUGGCUCAGACUGAAUUUGGCACCUGGUAGCAGCCCUGUGCCUGGCGGCUCCCCUCUCCCCAAAAGCACAAGGCAGCACCCUGGCCCUGGGGAUGGGGUCUCUCACCAGGCCGCCGUGCCUGUUGGCACCCCCUCCUCUGGGGACCCGCGGGCUGCUGUCCAGUUCCUGCACUGCCCCAGAGCCGCCACGUGUCCACCCGCUGCUGCCGGUGCCACAACCCACCCUGCAGCCCCUGCGUGCUGCCGGUAUGGGUUGGCACAUGGAGCCCAGGGAGUCGUUCCUGUGCCAUGGCUCCCCGAGUCCCGUAGGGCUUGCUGACAUCCGCUGGGAGUCUCGGUGCUGAUGCGCGUGGCAUCCCUCUGACCCGGCAGCAUGACAGCUGCUGGGGCUCGCCGUGCCCUGCGCUGGCUCUCGGGGGAUGCCCCCGGCGGCCCCUCAGGGCUGCACGUCUCCUGUGCCCCCCUUUGCGAGCGGCUGAGGCGCUCAGCGAGGAGGGGCUCAGUCCCGGUGCUGCAACCCUGCCUUAAUCCCUGGGUGGGGGGGGGGGGGGGGACACGGGGCUGGGGCUGGCACAGCCCGCGGUGUCCCCAGGGCAGCCCGCUGGGUCGGAUGGGAGCAGGGCACUGGCCUUAGCCUGCGCUCGGCCACGCUUCCGUGCUGGGGACGGACGCGCGGCUACCGUGUGCUUUGUAGGGCCACUGUGCCCAGCUGGGCUCUGUACUGCUCCGAGCCAGGGCCAUCCUUGUGCCAUGGUCCCCUCGGGUGGAGGGGACAGGCUCACCCGGGCCUGUGUCUCCUGGAGUGUCCUAUGAGGAGAGGUGACCCCAGUGCCAGCGCUGCCAAGCUGGUGCUGUCCCCAACUGCCACCACAGCUGUGGGGACUGGGCAGCCCACGGGGACCAGCCACACGCCAGGCUGGCUUUCAGGGCCGUCACGCACCUCUCUUCUCCAGGCAGCUCCUCGAUGGCCCUGCCUUCCCCCUGGCGGCCAGCGCCGCUCGGAGGCUGCCGGCACCUCUGCCCUUGGUGCUCUCGAGCCGCCGGCGCUCGCAGCCGGCACGUCUCGCUUUGCCGCACGGGCCGCCCGGCGUGACCCAUGGUGCUCACUUCUCCGUCUGUCCGACGGCCUCAGCGCGAGGCCGGGCGCCGCUGCCCCCGGCUUGCCCGCGGCGGUUUGCGUCGCAGCCCCUUGCCGCCGGGGCCACCCGGGCCCCUUGGCGUGGGGCGGGGGACGUUUCCCUCCCUGCGCCAGGGCUUUUCGUUUGCCUUCUCUUGCGUUGCUGCCGUAGGCUAAGGACUCGCUGUAAAUAGAUCCGUACUCGAACGACCCGCGUGAGUUGGUGGGGCCCGGCCCUGCGUGUCUUUCCUUUUUUUUUUUUUUUUUUUUUUUUUUUUGUACUCGCUGUGAUAACUGUGCUGUGCUGACUUCUUUUCUGAUUGUACGAGACACCCGCCCAGCAGUGGCUAGAGGCUGGCGGUGGCCCCCUUGUCCUCCCCUCCAGCCCCUCUCCUCUCUUUGGGGCUCCUGUGCACCUCUAGGGUGCCCUCAGCCUCCCCUAAGCCACUGAGACAUCAAGCGGACCGAUGGGUCCCGCAUCCCCCCGGCUCAACAUGUUUUCCCGGCUUUUCCCCAUCCUGCCCCAGUGCCCUAACUCCGACAUGGGGCUCUUCAACCCACUGUGCUCCUCCCAGUGCUGCUGAACCUGCUGGAGCCGGGUGGCAAACGGGUUGCGUAAAUCAGGAGGAACCCCCCGAGGUCCACGUCGCACCGGGCGACGGGCUGGUGAUGCCACCAGGCGUGCCCCGAGGCCGGUGCGUGGCACAGGGCGGGUGGGGGGGGUGGAUUUCAAUGCUGGGGUUAUCCCGGUGAAGGAGACGGGCCUGGGAGCUUCCUCCUGCGUUACAUCGAGCGCGUGGGCACGGCGCCGCCCCGAAAUUGCACUAACUCGUCCCUUCGCUGUCCCCGGCGGUGCCCCGCUGAGCGCUGGGAGCCUUCCAAGGGGCUGGAGCUGGGACGCGCGAGCGCCUCACUCUCCUUCACCCUCUAGCUACUGCUGCCUGGUGGCUCGAACCUUACAGUUUUAGCUUUUUUCUAUUAAAAACAAACAACCUUUUUUUAAUUAAAUAAACAAUGAAAUGGACAAAAAUUCCUGUUUUAGAUGAUCUGUGUAAUUGACUGGGUUUUGUGUUUCUUAACUGCAUGGUAUUCCUUCCGAGGGGUUUUAUAGCACUUUUUAAAUUUCUCUUUAAGAUUUCUGGUCCAGAUUUCUACUGCUCUCGCCUGUCUGUCUUUGCUUUUAUCCUUGCCUUCUCGAAGUUUGUAAACUCGCUCCUUUUUUUUACCUGAUGUCGACAAACCCAACCCCACAGAUCUGACGUUGUACAUAGCUGCGGGAACAAUCAUAGGGAGCAAACACCAUCUGGACUCUUUCCCCGAUUAGUUGUUUUUACUUAAAUGCAAUUAAAAAUAAAAAGAAAAAUAAAGUAUCAAAGAAAAGCCCGGAAAAAGGCUUGAGGAUGUUAUUAAAGACAGCAACAAAUCCAGCCCUGCACCAAGUCAGCUCCUGCUGCCCACGCUGCCCGCACCAAACGGCAUGUCUCUUCUCGGUCGUCUGUCUAACACCAUUGGAUUCAAUAAAGUUAUCUCCUGUGCCUCCUG